AUGUUAGAACUUCGACACAAAUUAAAGCAAGACGCACAAACUACUUCAGCACCUAUUGAUAGAAUAGUUGAGAUAAGUUAUUCCGAUAUGAUAACUACACAAACGAUAACCGAUUCAAUUGUAAAAUUUCCUACUUUAAAAAUAUUGAAAAAUACUGUUAGUGGAAAAAGAGGUUUAAUAUUUGCAUCUAUCGAUGAUAUUAAAUAUUUAGCAUAUCAAAAAUUUUGGUAUGCUGAGUGUACAUUUUAUACUUCUCCCUCAAUCUUUUACCAAAUCUACAGUAUACACGCUUUUGAUGAAGGUUUAUCAACUCCAUGUGUAUAUGCACUUCUAGCCGAUAAAUCAGAAGAAACAUACUAUGAUUUAUUCUCAACGUUGAUCAAAAAGAUAAUCGAAAUAUCGAAUAUGAUUAAACUUGAGUAUAUAACCAUUGAUUUUGAAGUUGCCGUAAAAAAUGUAUUCUAUAAACACUACCCGCAUAUUCAAGUAAAAGGGUGUCUUUUUCAUUAUGGAAAAGCACUUUUUCGAAAUUUUACGAAAUUAAAUUUAAAAACACCAUUUCAAGAAGACGAAUCUUUACGUAACUGGUUUAGAAGCUUUGCUGCAAUUGCACUUCUACCAGAAACAGAUAUGGAGGAAGCAAGUCAAUAUUUACGAACAACAAAGCCGUUAUUAUAUGAAAGACAGAUUGAUUCAUUUUUAGAAUAUCAUGAUAGAACCUAUGGUAUUCAGAGUAGUUUUCCACCAAAAAUGUACAAUCACUAUCGAAAUCUUAAUCCACGUACAAUAAAUUAUCUCGAAGAACGUCAUAAUAAAUGGAACAAAAGGGCAAUAAAACCUCAUAAUGAUAUUUACGCGUGCAUCGAUAUGUUUAAGGAUGAACAAUUACUAGUUGCCGAUGAAAGACAAAGGCACGAAGCAGGAGCACCACCACCAAAACGUCGUAGAAAUACUCGAAUAGCUGAAGAAUCAUUAAAUCGAUUGUGGGAUAAAUUACAAAAAAAUCAAAUUAGUAAAGAAACAUUUUUGAAAGGCGCUGGACUUCGUUAUUUUCAAUACUUAAAAAUAGAAUAA